GAGAGUGGUGUACAGCGCAAGGUGUAAGGGCUCCAGUACCAUGAGGCUUGCAGUGAUCUUGUUCUGGACUCUCGCUGACAUCACACUCCUAGCAGGAGCUGAUGAUCUGGAUGGAGAGUGUCGCUUUGAAUAUGCCAACAGCUUUGGAAACAAAUGUUUGAAUGACUACAAUCAGACGUUCAGCUGUGUGCUGGACAGCACCGGACCCUGUCCCACAGAAAACACACUCUGCUGGUUGGAGUUUUCCUCAGAAUACACACAGCUGAAUUGCUCACUACAGAAUACUAGAAACUGUACUGCUUUUGGAGAUGAUUCAUCAUUUGAAGAGUAUUCCGUGUUUGAUAUUUUUCUCUGCAUGACACGGAAUGGACAGACGAAUAAAGAGUUAAUCAUUCAAAACUACAGGUCUAUGUGUAACAUCAAACCAGUAACUCCACAUAACCUAACUGUUCACCGGCGUCUGGGUGGUUACUUCUUCACUUGGGACCAUGGAUAUUUUGAUAAACUAGUUGAAAGCCUAGAAUAUGAACUCUUAGUCUACAAAAAUGGACAUCAUAACCCAAAUUGUUUUCGCCCGAUGAACAACAGCUACUACAUCAAAGAUGAAAACCUUGAGCCUAACGAGAUGUAUGUUGCCAAAGUGAGGUCCAAAUCAAAAUCUCCGUAUGAUGGCCCAUGGAGUGAGGACAGCAAAGCAGUGAGAUGGAAUACUACAAGGACACACGGUUCCAACAUUCUGCUGCCUUUCGGAAAACUUGAUAUCCUGCUCUACUUGGUAGCUGCUCUCUUCUUCUUUGUCCUCUUCUUCAGUUUUACUGCAAGGCAGAAGCUUAAAGCCUUCUCCAAAAUACCAACACCUGCGCCAUACUUUCAGCCUCUCUACAAGAUUUAUAAAGGGAAUUUCCAGAACUGGCUUGUGCAUCCGAGCUACAUGGGAGACUGCAAGAUGGAUGAGCUGUUGAAAAUAGACACUUUAAUCGAAGCCAAACCAAUCAGCAAUGAGGAGAGCUUUCAGCCCCUCCCACCGCACUUUCCUCGAUGCCAAGCUCCUUAUGUCUGCUAUGAUGACAAAGACUGCACUGUAUGUGACCAGAAUGACUGUCCCAGCAGCCCAGAGCCACCCUCGGUCCAGAAAAUCAACAUGGAUGACAUGCAAAAUAUUCAGUCUCAGGACCUGAGUGACACAGACUGCAAAGAUCUGACAUUCAGCUUAGACAGCAAUGAGUCACAGGGGAUUCCAUCCAAGGAACUAGAGAGUCCGGGUUACCAUGAUGACUACUGCACGCUCUCUGACACGCCCAAUGGCCUCGUUCCCACUGUUAUGGUCACAAAGAUCUCUGAGAAGUCACGGGAGGCAGAAUGCUCACAGAUCUUAGAAAUGGACCUCAAUGCUACAGGUUGACACUUGAAACAUACCUGCAACAUACGAGGGUUGGACAAUGAAACUGAAACACCUGGACAAUAGUGUCUGAGGUUUCAUGCCUAUACUGAAUAUGCGCAGCCUGGUGACCAGUCUUCACUGACUGUACAUUCCAUCAGUGUGGGCAGAAUGUAAAGGUUGAAUAAGCAGAUAAAUAGCACAGAUGUACAUACAUUUUUGCAGUCCACACAACAUAAUAAGAGACAUAUCUGAGUUCAAAAGAGGACAAAUUGUUGGUAUGCAUCUUAUAUCUGAUCAGGACAGUAAGACUUUGUGGGAUAUCAAGAGCCACAGUAUCCUGGGUAUUGUCGGCAUACCACCAGGAAGGACGGACCACAUCCAACAGGAGUAACUGGAUGCAAGAGGAAGCUGUCUGACAGGGAUGUCUGGGCACUAACCUGGAUUCUAUCCAAAACACAUAAGACCACAGCUGCCCAACUCACUGCAGAAUUAAAUCCACACCUUGACUCUCCUGUUUCCACCAAAACUGUUGGUCAGGAGCUCUACAGGGUCAGUCUUCAUGAUGGGGCUGUAUAGCCAAACCUUUGGUCACUCGUGCCAGUGCCAAAUGUCGGUUUCUAUGGUGUCGGCUGAGCAAUGUUUGACUGUGGACAAUGUGAAACGUAUUGUUCUCUGGGGUGUCCACCUUCACUGCAUUUCCCACAACUGGGAGAGUCAUGGUGCGGAAAUGCCCCAAAAGAGGCUUAGCGCCCGGACUGCUGUGUACUCAGAGUGCAGCACAGUGGUGGAUCAGUGAUGCUUUGGGCUGCAAUAUCAUGGCAUUCCCUAGGCCCACUACCCGUUCUAGAUGGCCGUGUCACUGCUAUGGACUACCAUCCAACAUUGCACCCUGAAGGUGGUGCCAUGUAUCAGGAUGAUAAUGCACCAAUACACACAGCAAGACUGCUUACAGAGUGGUUUGAUGAACUUGAUAAUGAAGGUGAACAUCUCCCAUGGCCUGCAAAAUAUUAUUGAGCCACUUUGAGCACCCUUUUUGGGUGUUUUGGGGGAGCGAAACAGGAAUUGUUUUCCUCUACCAGCAUCACAUAGUAACCUGGCCACUGUUCUGCAAGAGGAACGGCUCCAAAUCCCUCUGGUCGCAGUGUGGGACUUGGAUCUGUCAUUCCCAAGAUGAACUGACAUUGUCUUGGCCACAAAAGGAGACCCUACAACAUAUUAAUAAAUUACUGAGGACUAAAACCAGGUGUUUCAGCUUCAUUUUCCCAGCCUUGUAUGUCAUAGCAGUACUUUAAGUGUGAACUGGUGCGUGGCAGAAAUGUGAGGAUCUGGGAGAUAAAAUAACCGUCCAAACGGAACAAACCAAUAAAACAAACACACAAAGGUGAAAAACCCAGCCUACAAUAAUACUUCUACAUGACAAGCACACUUGGUAGAGCAUGAGUGAGUCAGUUUCAUUAUGUUAAUUUCUGGAAAGAAAAUCAAAACAGGUUACAGUGUUACUGUGAAAAGUGACACCAUAUUGCUUUAGAAAGAAUACAACUGAUGAUAUUUCAUUGAAGUUGUCGCACGGAUUACUCGUGAUUUCGUUGUUCUGGAUUAUACUAGUUGAUAUCAUUUUGCUGUUUAUUAAACAGUAUAUGUUAAAUAGAUUUCUCUAAAAUGUUGUGCAUUUAAUAUUCUGUAUAAUACACUGUUAAAUGGUUUUAUAAUACAUAACUGGAAUACAGUUGAUACACUAUGUUUCUUUAGUCAAAAUGAAGAGAGAUGCUGGUGUUUUCUGUUAUGCAUUUAGCUGCUCGAUAAGUAAAACUUCUUUAUAUAUGGCAUAAUGUUCCAUUUACAUAUUUUCUCACUGUACUAUCAGUCAUAGCUUUUUCAUUCUACUGUAAUGACAUUUUUUUAAACUGGAGACAUGUUAACUACAGUUCCCUCCACCAUUAUUGUAAAGAUUUGUAAAAAAGCUUAGAAAAAAUGGCAGGAAGCUAAAACUGGGCCUUCAUUGGACCUUCUAGCAGAUCAGUGAUCCUAAGCACAUGCCCAAAUCAACAGAAAAAUGGUUAGCAGACCAGCGAAUCAAGCUUCUGCCACGGACAUCACAGUCCCCUGACUGGAACCCCAUUGAAAACCUGUGGGCUGAGCUGAAGAGGAGCAUGUAUAAUAGAAGGCCUACCAAUCAUCUAAGAUACCCUGCUCUAGAUUCUCCAGCCUUAUAAAAUAUUAUAGGAGAAGACUCAGUGCUGUUAUACUGCUAAAGGGAGGUUAUACAAAGUAUUAAAUGCUGGGGUGACAAUAAUCGCGGCACAUGUGUUUUUGUUGAAAAGAAUUAUUCCUGGUGAAAGAAUUGUUUUUGUUUGAAUAAAUUUAUUUUAAUGAAA